AUGAAAUCCUUCAGCCCGAUCCUCUUGCUUCUCGUCUUUCUCUUCGCCUGGCUGGGUUCCAAGGCUGCCCCUUGGGCCUCACCGCCUGAGGGUUCCGACUUCUCGCGGAUAGACCACCCCUCUCAGCCCUCCCCUCCUGCAUCUGAAAAUUCCACUCUCCAUGGCCCUAACCCAGAAUCCCCCAGGACCGCUUAUCCUGAGCCCUUCAAGACACCUCAUGUGGUUUCCCCUGAGCCCUCCCCCCUUGAAUUCACUGAGACCCCCAACACUGACCUCCGAGAAAGCCCACACCCAGAGUCUCCUGAGGCCCCCAAACCUAACUCACUCAACACCUCAAUAUCAGAAUCCCUGGACACCCUCCAAAUUAAACCCUCCAAAAUGACAUAUCCAGAACCUUCUGAGACCCCCAAACCUGACCCCACUGAAAUUCCACACACAGAAUUCCCUGAGACCCCCAAACCUAAUUCCUCCAAAGCUUCACACCCAACAUUUCCUGAAACUCCAAACACUGACCCUACCCAAACUCCACACCAAGAAUCCCCAGAGAUUUCCAAACAUAGCUCCACUGAAAUCUCACAUGCAGAAGCCCCUGAGACCCCAAGUCCUGACCCCACCAAGACCUUUGACCCCAAAUCUCCAGAGACCCCUGACCCUGACACCACUGAGACCCCAAAUUCUGAAUUCCUCCAGACACUCCAUCCUGACCCUACCGAAACCCCCCACCCAGCAUCUCAUGUAGGCCACAAUCCCAACCCCACUGAAAUUCCCCAAACAGAAUUCCCCACUCCCCCCUACCAAGAUGCAACAGAGAUUCUCCCAGCCUCUGAUCCUGAGAUCUCCACUAGUCUUCCCCCAGAAACGCCUGCACCCUUCAAGGAAGAAGUUACUGCCCUAAAUGAGCUGCCCCUGAAUUCCAAAUCAAAAACCCUUGCAGCUACCCAGCCCGACGCCCUUAAAUUGCCCACCUCAGAAUCUCCUGGGGCCGUUGAUCUGAAAGUCCCCCAGAACUCUAGCCCUAAAGGGCCCGACGCCCUCCCUCCCUCAGCCCGGAUUGUGAGGUCCCCUGCUCCUCCAGGGCCCCCCAAUCAGCCGGCCCCUGUCACUCCGCGGGCUCCCCAGCGGCGCAGCCGAGGUGAGAGAGUCAACACUAUCUUCGUGGUGGAGCGAGUGAAGGAGACUGGCGUGACCCUGGUGGGGCGUCCCCGGGGCGGGGCAGGCAGGGCCCUGUGCCUAUUCCUCGCCGGGACCGGGCUGCUUAUUGGCAUUUUCCUGCUCCUGUGGUGUCUCUGCCGCCGGGCGGCUCGACACCGGCCCUUCGCACACCACCGGCUCCCGAACGACGGAGAUGAACCGGUUAUGCAUUUGGACGCCCCGAAGGACCCCUACAACCUCUACUUUUAUGCUCUGGACGCCUGGGUCCCUUCACACAUCGCUGCCAAGCAGCCACUGCCCACCCCGCCACUGCCACCCAAGCUGCCUCCGCCGCCCCACGUGGGCCGCCCCCAGCGCCUGGAACCUCUCUCCCCCUCCACGCUCCCCAACAACUUCGUGUGA